AUGGUUCAGGGGAAAGAUCCGGCUAUAAAGCUCUUCGGCAGGACAAUACCAGUGGUGGGGCGACGGGCGGUGGGAGGGGCCGUGCGGGAUUCCGAUCCGUCCCUUGCGGAUGGCGCAGUCGGGGAGAUUAAGGUGAGGUUUCUGCUUCUCGUGAUCCUUUUUUUUUGUCGGGGGGGGGGGGGUUGGUGUUUCUCUCAUGGGGAAGGUUGGGAAGAGCUGCGGGAAGUGUGGAGGAGAAGGGUUGUUGGCCAAUUAUUCUACUCCUCCUAUCCGCCGGGUGGAGCAUUUGCUGGCUCUGUUCUGGAUCGGAUGCUUGUGGUCAUGCUUUCGUUUCCUGGUUAUUUUUGUUUGAUGAUCGGUUCGAGUGUUUUCGUGAUAUCCUUUUCUUUCGUCGAGAUGGUAGAUGUUUGGAUCUGAAUCGGCUUCGAUAUUUCAAGGCGCACUGUUUCUUCCCAUACUCUCUGACUCAUAUUAGGUCGAAAUUCUUCAUUUCUUUCAUCCCGGACUUCAUACCUCGAGGCAGAUGGGGGAUUUACCUCACCUGGGAUGAUUCUUUUUAGCUGGUGUUCUCGCGUAUUUUCUUCGCUUUUCUCGAUGUAGUUCCCUGAUCCUUGUGAAUCCAUGACUAACAGAUCACAGGCGAAGGAGAUGUGCUUUAUUAUUCGGCAAAAUUUUAAGAAAACCUUAAGGGAUCAAAUCGGUGAGUUAAUGGCCGACUUAUCAAGUACUCCCAUGCUCAUCAGGGUAGAACAAGAGUUCCAUCGCCAGAUAGAUUUCUGUUCUUGAAAAUCCUGCAUGUGGGUAUGCGUAGAGGUGUUUCUAUGUAGCCAUGGACAUUAUAGUCACCUUCCAAUCGAAAUCAUGACAUGAAUAAAUCCCACUUCGAGUGGGAUGAUCAAUUCACGUGGCUAAAAUUUGUGGGCCUACUCCAGUCAUAUUUUAAUGAUUUCGAAUUGAAUUGGUUUGACUCUUUCCCAUGAUUUCUACCCGAUUUGUAUUUUCCAGGCAAUGGGACCAUUAAGAAGCCUAAGUUUGACGAACAAUCACGAACUGUGGUGAAAGUACUCAGUUGGAUUUUAGUUGGAUUAUUUAAAGUGUUUUCCCAUCUUGGGCUGAUUUUGUAUGAGACUGUAAUCCGUUGGGAGGGUUGACUUUCAUCUCAGGUGAAUCAUGAAAGCACUGCUAUCUGAUUUCGAAUUGACCUGGUUUGACUCUUUCCCCAUGGUCUCGGAGCUCCACGCCCAAUCCUAUGAUUGCUCCCCGAUGUGUAUUUUCCAGGCAACAGAACCAUUAAGAAGCCUAAGUUUGACGAAUAAUCAUCAACUGUAGUGAAAAUACCCAGUUGGAUUUUAGUUGAAUUACUGGAUUGUUUGAAGUGUUUUCCCAUCUUGGGCUAAUUUUGUCUGAGACUGUAAUCCACUGGGAGGGUUGACUUUCAUCUCUAGUGAAUCAGAAAAGCACUGUUUUCUGCUUAAUGUUGCUCUGCCAACUGAGGAUUUGCCAUUAAUAGGAGUUUUUUUUUUUUUCCCAGGUUGGAUUCAAAGGGAGAAUAAAUGCAGCGGCCAAGGAGGCCUUGCUUGAGGAACCCCAUGGCCGAGAUCAGAUUGAGUCAAAUCUGCCCUUCGUUGAAGAGAAAGAGCACGGUGAAGCUGACGGUUCUGUCCAGGAGAAGACCCUCAAGAGGCCGGACAAGAUCCUUCCUUGCCCUCGCUGCAACAGCCUGGACACCAAAUUCUGCUACUACAACAACUACAACGUGAACCAGCCGAGGCACUUCUGCAAGAACUGCCAGAGGUACUGGACCGCCGGAGGGACGAUGAGGAACGUCCCUGUCGGCGCCGGGAGGAGGAGGAGCAAGCCCUCGCCGCCGCCUGAGCUUGUUCCUAGACGGUUUCCUGCGUGGGGCAGCAGUCAUGGAGCAGGUCUGGAACUGGGUCCUGCUGAGAUGGCCUCCUCUGAAUCAGGGGACUCUGUUCAUGGCCUCGGAGAUCAGCGGAGAGAUUCUGAGAUCAAUCCCACUGCCGUUGGUGUACAGAAUUGUGAAGAACCCUCAGAAAAUGGGAUGCGAGGUUCUUUCCCUAGAAUUGGGCCUCUGCAACAGUCGCCAUGGAUGAGCCAUUGGAGCAGCAUGGGAAGCUCUGGUCUGCCGCUGCCGCCACUGCCACCUUCGGCCUCGGGGAGGUGCUCGUCUGAGAUGAAAUGCCGCCAGGAGAAGGAUAAUUCCAGUCCUUUAAUGAGGAGCUCUGGUCCUCCGUUGUUCCACGACCCAGUCUCCUUGAGCGGGUUAUCAAGCUGGGCCAGCUCGUCACAGCCUCCCGGAUCUUCUUCUCUGGGGAAGCAUUCAAGGGGGCCUGGUCUUGCAGGCCAAGAACAGGAGGGAAUUCCCCUCUGGGGUCCUAAAACUCCGAGGGGUAGUGACCGCCAUUACCCUCCUGGAGGUUCUUUGUGGGUCAACCCUGAUGCGGCUGAAGCAAUUGAAAAGGGGGAUAUUUCUUGA